AUGAUGCCGGCGUCGUUCGGGCGGCGGCCGGGCAAGAAGGCGUCCACCGCAUCGGCCUCGAGAUCCGCUUCUACGAGCACAGCUGGGGCUGCCAAGGAUGUAGAUAAAGGUCUCAGCUCGACAGUGCUCGGCAAGCGACCUGCUGCAGCAACGGAGGAAGAGGACGACGGGCUGACGGCCGAGGAGCGGGCAGCCAACCUCGAGGCGGAGCGACAAGCCGCCGAGAGGCGAGCGAGAGGGCUCGACUCUGACUCAGACGACGACGACUCAGACGAUGACUCGGACGACGACAUUGGUCCACCAGCACCCCCACCAGCCUCCUCGUCAGCUCCACCUAUCCCGCCACACACCCUCCCACCCACAUCAUCCACCACCCUCUUCGCCGGUACACACACCAAAACCCUCUCGGCGCUCACCGUCGAUGCGUCCGGCUCGCGCUUCGCCCUCGGCUCGUACGACCACACGCUCUCUCUCUACGACUUCGGCGGUCUUACGUCCACCCUGAAGCCAUUCCGGCUGUUUGAGCCUGUAGAGAACUACCCGGUUUUGGACCUUUCCUUCAGCCCGUCCGGGGGGACGCUGCUGGUGGUGAACGGUACGAGUCAGGCGUCGUUGUAUACGAGAGAUGGUGCCGAGCUGGGGAGGUGCAAAGCGGGCGACCCGUACCUUCGGGAUAUGCGCAAUACCACGGGUCAUGUGGGCGCGCUGACGUGCGGUGCUUGGGCUGGAGAGAGGUUUGUCACGGGUGGCAGCGAUAGCACGGUCCGCAUCUGGGAUGCCGACACGAUGCAGCGUGGGCAGGACGGGAUGGUGGUGUUGAAGAGCAAGCAGCGUGGCGGACGGACCAAAGUGACCGCUCUUGCGGUGCACGAGGAGCAACUCUGGGUAAGCGGGUUGGAUGGUGAGCUGGGUAUGUGGGAUUUGCGCGGGAAUCUGAAUGGGAAGCCGCGGGCGGGUGUGAGUGCGCAUGAGGUAGGGAGCUGGACCAGCAGCAUCGCGGUCAGUGGGGGAAAGGUGGUGACGAGGGGAGGGGACGGAACGGUCAAACUGUGGGAUACGCGGUCGAUACGAGCCCCACUAGUGACGAGGAAUGGGUUGGAGAACGGCUCGCCGCAUACCAGUGUCAUCUUUGACCCUUUCGAUGCGCGAACGGUCGUGACCUGCAUCUCAACGGAGAAGGCGAUGGGAGGGGAGAUCGUGACGCUCGACAGCCUCAACCUCGAGACGGUCUCCUCUGUGCGCACUGCCAGCCAGCCGAUCCGCUUACACUGGUCUGCACCCACGGACCAGCUCUUCGCCACGCACCGCGAUGGAUCCCUUUCGCUUUACUACGACUCGUCUCGUUCACGCAACGGCAUCCUCCUCGCGCUCGCCCGUCCCUCAUCCACCACCUCAUCGUUCUACGCAUCCACCAACUUCGACGGUGUCGACUCGUACCCGAUCGAAAUGGGCGAGAACAUCGGCCAAUCCGAGUCCGCAAAACGACGUAGACUGGCGAAAGACCGUGCGGAUCCAACGAAGACGCGCAUGCCUCAGGCGCCCAUGGAAGGUAGAGGGCGAGGCGGGCGCAUCGGGGCCGGCGAGAUGCAGGGUACCGUGCAGAGCAUCUGGGCGCCUCCCGAGGACUUAGGGGUCGAUCCACGGGAGGCGCUGCUGAAGUAUGCCGCUAAGGAGGGCGAGGGGGAGUUUGAUAAGGCGUGGAAGAAGACUCAGCCGAAGAAGGUGUUUAGUCAGUACGAGGAGGGCGAGUAG